AUCCAUGUAUAAACGUGAGAGACACAUUUUAAUGUCUAACUGUGGAUAAUGCCGUGCUGUACAAUAGCCUGAAUCGCUUUCAAUCCUGCUAUAGAAGGAAAAACUGUCAGGUUUGUAUCACCGCUAAUACUUCGAAAAUAACGCACAAGUACAUUUUGCGUAGGAUUAGUUGUAUUUUAAGGGCUAGUUCUUUCUGCUGCUGUUGCAUAUUUUAGUCUGCCCAAUUAGUAAAGCACUUGUGCUCAGCUAUUAAGACUGAGACUUAUAUAAAGUUGCCAUUCAUUCAUUCAGGAGGUGCUUCAAUGCACAAGGGAAUCCCUUGAAAGCCAUUUGUGCAAGCUUUGCCUCUUAUGUUGCCUUGAAAAACCCGACCAAAAAUUUUAGAUCAAUAAACUAUGAGUCAUGGGUGAAAAGGAAAACCUGUUUGUUAAUGAAUGAUUCAUGUGAUGGUAUGAAACUUGUAUCAGAGAAACUGAAGUAGUAUCUGGGGUAAUAGCAUCAAAUCUAUGAGCCCUCAUUUUCACUUUGACGAGAUCAGAGGCAAAACACGACGAAAUGCAUCUUCCUGCGUUUGACUGCAGAAUUAGCAGGAAAAUAAGUUGCUCUGCAAUGUUUGCUUAGAGCAUGCGCGCUGGUAUAGCUUAAUUUCGACAGUGACGCUCAUUGAAAAGCAGGGACAGUGUCCAAUCACGGGUAAGUCUAUAAAUACCUUGGAUAAUUCCUAGAAAUCAGAUUUUUCCGGGAAAACAUUGUAUACACAUAAGGAAGGGAAACUUGAUUGACGUGUAUUCGUUGCCUUGACGCUUGGACGUAAUGAAGUUAUGUGAUUGGUUGAUUUAGAAGGAUCAAUCACGGAAAGGGCCGUGAUACUAGAUUUGAAGACCGAGUGAAUUGUUUCGCAAUUAAAACCAUCAAGUCUUUUUAUUUUGCCCUGUAUUUCCCAUCUCUUGCCUAAUUUCUGCAAAAAUGUCUGCACAAAGAGGGAAGAAGCCCUUUCACUUAGAUGAACAUGACCAACUAAACGCAAAAGGGGAAACAUUUGAUCUCUUGCCUUCAAAUGCGAAAUGCGACACAUUCAAGGUGGUUUUCGACUACUACUCUCCUCGAGCGCAUUUUAUCAUCGUGCCCCGCGACAGAAAGUCUAUAACUAAUUAUAACUCCUUAGCUCCGGGAGCAAAGCUUAAGAUAGUCAAGGCAGCAAUGGUAAUGGUUUCUCACUAUGACCUGCAAAUGUCCGCUACUUUGUCUCUCCAUUUUGGUAAAUGGGGAACUGACAAGGACAAGUUCCAUGUUCAUCUCUGUGUAGACGUGGAGGAUUAUCUCAGUAUAUAUGAUAAGAGAAAGCAUGAAGUUCCCAACUGGCCCUCGGUAAGGUCCGUUACAAAAGAAUGGAGGGCGUGCAAGGAACCCACGCACAGCUGUUACGUGAAAAAUGUUCGACAGUAUCCUUUCAAAACAUAUUUCAAGGAUGAGGUUGAAGCUGUCAGAAAUUACCGUCGAACGGAGGCAAGGACGAAUACAAUUGGUUCCCUGGCAAUCCCAUCUCCGCCGUUCACCGCCAUUCUCUUCCAUCAUUCAGAACCAAGGGUUGGCUUUGCUGUCAAGAAUGAUGCAACGGCAAGAAGCGCCGAGGCUCGCCUCAAAGCCCAAGAAGCCAUAAUCGGAUUUGCCAGCCAGUACAACCUCACGAACAUCCACGCAAGAAGUGAGGAUGACGGAUGCCAUGUGUGUUUGGUUCUCGACGAAAAGACACACGGAUUCAAUGUUGCCGCCUCUCAGUACCUUGUUGGGUACAUCCAGGUCACCGGACUGAAGUUCUACAGGGAUCUCUGCCCACAUGACAAGCGAGAUGACUGGUUCGCUCAAUACAGCAGCAUGAGGGAUUAUAACGUAUACACCUAAAUAAGGAGAGUAUUAAGGAUAUCCAUGUAUCAACGUGAGAGGACUAUAAUUGUUAGUAAGUCGCUAUUCCUUGCCUCUGGAUCAGUUUGUAUUUAGGAAAUAGAAAACAUGUACCGUGUUUCUAUCGAACUACCCUCACCCGGACGAUUACACUAUACCAACUACAUGAUUAAAUUCUGAAUCAGUUUACUGAGGUUCCAAUGUGAGUACUAAUGCUUCUCCAGAUAUGAACUUAAGUGUUGAUUGUCACAUUAAUUGUACAGUAGUUUUGUUGGAGGAAGCUCAAAACGCGAAGAAAAUCGAAGGAGUUGAGUUAAUAUGGUUUCCUGGCGCUCCAAGCGAAAUCGACAUAGUAUUAGUAACCAGGCCUCAAAUCGCCAUUCUUGCGAGUCACUGUUCGUUAAUUUGCUCCCAUGUUACCGGAAAAAAGAAAUAAGAUAAAUAAAAUUAAAGAAAUAAGUCAGUUAAACAGUAAAGAUGUGUGCACAACCAAAAUAGCAGUUUUGUAUCCAUCAACAUGUUCAUAUCCCUAAGCACUGGAUGGAGACCUGGAAUGGCUGGAGAGCAGUACGGGGUGUAGUUGGGGGUUGGGUGGGGGGAAGGACAGCUAUUAGCCUUGUAACCCAACUAUUUUAUUCGUUCUAUUUCCACAAAUCAGCUGGUGUUAUCUUGUGGAACUGCCAAGAAUGUAGCUAAUAAUGACAAGCAAUAGAAAACUGCUAAAAUGUUAACGCAGUACAGCCAAACCCUCAUUACCAGAAAGAAAUAAAUAUGACGCGUGUGUAUUACUGACCCACACGCAAGAUGAGUAGGAGCCAAGAGGUCAUGGGCUCCUGGUUGGCGCCAGGAGGUUUUCAUUGCGCGAGUCCCUGAAACUUGUUAGUUACAUCAUUAUAGCAGAAGAAACAAAAUUAUAUAAACACAACCUCUACAGAAUGGACAGUUAAAAGUCUGUACCUGUGGCAUGCCACAAUGGUAUAUCAAAGGCGCGAAAUACCUAACUCAGGCUACUUUAAACUCGAGCAAAAAUAUACCGGUGUCUUACAAUUCAUUUCUGCAGUUUACUGCUUCUUUUGGACUAAUCUCUUUUUAUCUUUGACUGAGUCAGCUUACGCUCUUUAAUCUUUUCUCUCUACAUAUUUUGUUUUUGUAAGGGUAUAGUGCUUUGGUUAACAUCUCCUCUGGUUAUGCUUGAUGUUUUCCCGUAAUAGUGUUCAAAAACUUCAUUGUAAAGGUUUAGAAAUACGAUGCACUGUUCUUAAAUACAUAUGUGAAAAGGAGUGCUUUCUUCAAUUAAAGGUAUACGAAAGGA